AUGGCUGGCGAACCCGGCAAACGCGGUCCCACUGGCCCUCCAGGUCCAAUAGGCGAGCGUGGUCCAACCGGACCUACCGGUAUUAAUGGAACUGAUGGACGUGAAGGAAGAAAAGGACCUCAGGGACGACGAGGACCUCCUGGACCCCCUGGUCCUCAUGGUGAUGCUGGAGCUCCAGGUAAGGAGGGACCUGAAGGACCUCCCGGUCAUCCUGGUUUUGUUGGUCCACCUGGUGAACCUGGCGCUGAAGGUCCAGAGGGAAAAGAAGGUAUUGAAGGUGCCCAAGGUGAACAGGGUCCGCCUGGUCCCUAUGGCAUCAUGGGUCCUGCUGGUGAACCUGGUGAUCCUGGUCCAAAAGGUCGCCCUGGUCCUGCUGGACGACGUGGAAGCCAGGGAGCGGCAGGGGCUCGUGGCCCUCAGGGUCCCCCUGGCCCCCAGGGUCUCACUGGUCUUGAAGGUCCUCCUGGACCUGCUGGUCCCCGUGGACCACGUGGAUCACCCGGUCCCAAGGGUGAACCAGGUCCUCAAGGUGAAGAUGGUCCUCCGGGUCCUGAUGGUCCGAAUGGUGAGACUGGUCUUCGCGGUCCUCAAGGAUCUGCUGGAAGUCGCGGAAAGGAUGGUCCACCAGGAAGACGUGGUCCUGCCGGUCCCAAAGGAACUCCUGGUGCAAAAGGUCCAACAGGUCUUCAGGGACCUCCUGGUCACGAUGGUCCUACUGGCUAUCCAGGUCCCACUGGCAAACGUGGUCCAAAUGGACCCACUGGAGAGCGUGGUCCACAAGGACUUCAGGGUCUGCGUGGUGAAACUGGUGAGGUGGGCGAAGCAGGUCCGAUGGGUCUACCUGGUAAUGAUGGAGACCCAGGUCCACCUGGUGUUCAGGGUCCCCCUGGUCCGCCUGGACCACCUGGACCUCCAGGUUCCAUUAUGAGCAUUCAGGCUCGUCGAGCACCAACCAAGGGUCUUCUUUACGGCGAUGAUCCUAGGGCUGCUCAUCACUUCGGAAUGAACUCCAUCAAAUUUCCGCGUGGAACUCAAGAGGUUCCUGCCAGAACAUGCGCCCAAUUGGCCGCUCAUUUCCCCAAUUAUCCUGACGGUAGGUUGCUCAUUUCUUCAACCAACUUUUGCCUUCUUCUUCAACUUCAUUUAAAUCGAGUUUUUCUUUUCACAUUAGGCUCUUACUGGCUCGAUCCAAACGGUGGGCGCACAAAUGAUGCAGUUGAGGUUUUCUGCAAAAUUAAGACGGGUGAGUCUUGCGUCCAAGCCAAGCAAUCCUUCCCUGUUACAAAGUGGAAUUUGCCCUCUACAAAUAGCUCAGUAUGGUUCCAAACUUACAAUCAAUUUGGAGAGUUCGACUACGCCAUUGAUGCAGAUCAGCUGGCCUUCUUGAAGGUGUUCAGUUCUCGUGCAUCUCAGAAACUUCGACUUUCUUGCCAGGGUCUCUCUGAGAGCAUAAUUAUGCCUGAACUCCUGGCUGAUGAUGAUACGAUUUUGACAAUGGCGCAUCCUAAGCGACGAUUUGAGUUGAAAGAGAACCUAUGUGGACAGGUCAGUUCUGAGUGA